AUGGCAUGGGGUUGGUGGUCUAAUCCAUCUACUCCAGAAGAAGUUACCGAAUUAUUUGGGUUGUUAAAUAAUAUUCAUGACUUUGUUUGGCGUGGCGGUGAAGAUGAUUGGAAAUGGAAAUUCGACAAAAACGGCUUGUUCUCUGUAUCUUCGGUUAAAAAACUUCUGUCCAGCAACAAUAUGGGAGAUCCAAACUCGAGUUUUAAGUGGAAAGGAUGGGUGCCUCUCAAGUGUAAAAUUAUGGUAUGGAGGGCCGCUCGUAACCGUCUGCCGACUAUUGCGGAGCUGAUAAAACGAGGAGUCUCAAUCCAGCAUUGCUGCUGCAGUUUUUGCGACGAAGUUAUGGAGACAACUCUUCAUCUUUUCACCGGUUGUAUGUUCUCCCAAGAAGUUUGGUUCCGUAUCGAAGCUUGGUGUCGUAUUCAGCAUGGUUGUAUUUUUGAUAUCUCAGAUCUCCUUCAACUUCCGGAGCGUAAUGCUAGCUCUAAAGAAUCGAGGCACACUUUAAGAGGGAUCGUGUAUGCUACUUUUUGGGUGUUAUGGAAUGAGCGCAAUGAUCGGAUUUUCAACAAGAAGAGGCGUAAACCUUGCGAGGUUGUUGAGAUUAUCAAAGCUAAGUCUUACUUUUGGAUUCGUAAUAGGUCUAGGAUUAAGAUUGUCGAUUGGAAACAAUGGUGUACUUGUCCGUGGGUUUGA